AUGGGCUGUUGGCUAUUGCGGCCUUGGCAGCUGCCACACCGCAGCGACUACGGUUUGCGUGGUACUGCUGACAACGCGCAAUGGACGCAGCCAAAGUUCAUCAGCCAUGAAAGUAUCUCGGGCGGGUACUUGAACGACAAGUUUUGCAGUGCUACAGGUGUGUUUGCACCUUGGAAAGCGGAGUUGACCAACUCUGAAGAGCUGACGCAAUUGCUGAACGAAAGGGCCGAGAACGAGCAGCGGAGUCCUCCAGCCAAUGCCCUUUGUGAUACGGAGAAGCUCUGCGCGUGGGCAAAGAACUAUGAUCUCUACACUUCUCAACAGGGAGCGCUGGACUACAAGCACAUCAACGACCGCUACAUCCGAGGAAAGAAGACUGUGGAUGACUGGAUGAACAAGAAGUACCAGACACAGAACCACCCGCAUUGCCGCUACAUGCGCUGUUGGUGCUGGGACUCCCUGGUCCAAAUCAAAGGCAUUGUGCAGCAACGUGGGGUGGCAGCUACGACUACCAUCAUCCUGGAACUCUUGGAGGGCAUGGAUUUGAGCCCUGAGACCCCACUGUUGAUUGUUGAUUUGGUCCCUUCAAGGUUCAAUGAGUGGGGCUUGGCUGCCUGGGACCUUCAGCGCCGCACCCUGACCCAAGAGGACAAGUUCGACCGGCAGCCUGAUGUGCGCUUCUUGGGCCUCUACCACAACGACCAGGCAGCGGAGAUGGGAGCAGCCUGCAGCUACCACAAGACUCAAUCUGAGAAGCUCAAUGCUAGGAUUCCAGACUUGGUGAAGGAUAAGUUUCAAUCGCAAGCUGAUGGCUUGAAGUCUUUGAUGGAUGAGAUUGAAGAGAAAAGGGACAUGGCAUUAGCUGUGAAGCAGUGGUCUUCAGGCAGCGGGCGACCUUCCUCCACCACUGGGCCUGCACCGUCGAAAACGCUGCGAACAUCGGCCUCGCCGGAUUGGGCUGGGGAGGUGCCCAUCAAUUUUCGAAAGAGACUUUCCCUGACUGCGAUCCCAGUUGCUGAACUUGAAUUGCGCCAUUCGUUCCCGGGAUGA